ACUCAUUCAACUCCAUACAGUUAGUUUGAGGAACUGAGGAUAACUAAAGAAAAAUGCAGGGCUCGAUCACAUCCGCUUUGGUCAUUUUGGCACUAGUUGCCCAGGACAGAUUGGUUGGUGGACUGGAUCACAAAUCUUAUGACUACACAAAAUACCAUACCAUGGAUGAGAUAUCAGCCUGGAUGAAUCAGAUGCAAAGGGAAAACCCAGACGUUGUGUCCACCAUGAUAUAUGGACAAACAUAUGAGAAGAGGAACAUUACAUUACUAAAGAUUGGCUUCAGCAGCAUCGCACCAAAGAAAGCCAUUUGGAUAGACUGUGGGAUUCAUGCCAGGGAAUGGAUCGCUCCAGCUUUCUGCCAGCAUUUUGUUAAAGAGAUCCUGGGGUCCUACAAAACAGACUCGAAGAUUAACAUGUUGUUAAAGAACUUGGACUUUUACAUCACCCCAGUGCUGAACAUGGAUGGAUAUAUUUAUUCCUGGCUGAAUAGCUCAACUAGACUAUGGAGGAAGUCCAGAUCACCAUGUCAUGAAAACUCCACAUGCUCCGGCACUGAUCUCAACCGCAACUUUUACGCAAACUGGGGAAUGGUCGGGAUCUCCAGAAACUGCUGUUCGGAGGUUUAUAAUGGUGCGACGGCUCUUUCUGAGCCGGAGGCGGAAGCUCUGACUGAUUUUUUGGGAGCUCAUCAGAAUCAUCUCCUCUGUUAUCUCACCAUCCACUCGUACGGUCAGCUGAUCCUCGUCCCCUACGGACACCCCAACAUCUCUGCGCCCAAUUACGACGAGCUGAUGGAGGUCGGUCUCGCUGCGGCUAAAGCCAUCAAAGCAGUUCAUGGGAAAAGCUACAAAGUGGGCAGUUCUCCUGACGUGCUGUAUCCAAACUCAGGCUCAUCCCGUGAUUUUGCAAGACUCAUCGGGAUCCCGUACUCUUUCACCUUUGAGUUACGGGACGAAGGGCAGCACGGCUUUAUUCUACCGGAGGAUCAAAUCCAGCCCACCUGUCAAGAAGCGUAUGAGGGCGCAAUGUCCAUCAUAAACUACGUCCAUGAUAAGAACUUCAAAAACACAGCCAUUACAGUCACUGCCACACUGUGGACGACUCUGAUGGGCUUAUGGAUCUCCAGCACUCACAUGUUUUAAACUACUACUUGCUAUAUGGAUUGUACUGUAACUGAUUGUAAGUACUUUAUACACAUACAAUGGGGAAAACAAGUAUUGAACACUUCAUGUUAUUUCCUGGGAAUGCUAUUUCUAACGGAGCUGUUGACAUGGAUUUAAACCAGACUUUGGUAAAAACCCAAAGAACACACACACAAAAAUAAAAAAAAAACAAUCUGAAAAAUGGGUUGUGGGUAAUGACAAUGGAAUGACACAAGGAGAAAUUACUGAACUACUGAAACGUAUUUAAUACUUUAUAUGAAAGGCUUUUUUGGUGAUGGCAGCUUAAAGACGCCUCUCAUAUGGAGAAUAAAGUCACAUCCAUUCCUCAGGUGUGAGUUUUUCACAGACUUCAACAGGGGGUAAAAAUCUUGAUGGUUCUGUGGGUCUCGUCUGCCAAAUCUAAUCUUUAUUUUGAUUCUCUAUUGGAUUCAAGUCAGAAAAUUGGCUGGGCCAUUCUACAGCUUGAUUUUCUUUCUCUGAAAGCAUUUGAGAGUUUCCUUGGCUGUGUUGUAGUUCAUUGUCUUGCUGAAAUGUCCACCCUGGUUUCAUCUUCAUCAUCCUGCUAAUGUAGAUGUUGAACAGAAGCAGCUAAUAUUUAUUUACGCUGAGGAAGGGCAGAGGGUUGCUGAAGAACUACUGUGAGAUUUCUGCUGUUGUCUGGGCUUUCACUCCCUUUCUACACCUCUCUUUCUUCAU